GUAGAAUAUAAAUAAACUGAAUGUAUUUGCGUGGACAACUAUUUUACUAAAAUUUUGUCAUUGCUUCUUACAGUAAGUGGAUUUCGCAAAAGCACUCCUAAUUUUCUAAAACAAUUUUCAAAGUUCCAAGGCCAAAAAUGUCCGAAGGAACAAGUUCCACUUUGGCAAUUAAAAGCGAACCAUUAGAGUAUGAAGAUGCGAAAGAGGAAUUAAAUGAUUAUGAAAGUUUGCCACAAAAUGAUGAAAGAUAUCUUCACCGAUUUUUAAAAUCAGAGGUUAUUAUAGAGGAGGAAAUAAAGAAGGAAACAACUGAUCAUCAAAAUGAAGUUUCUUAUCCAAAUGUGGAUAAAGAACCUGAUGUGGUAAAGAAGACAAUUCAAGAAUCAGAGAUCAAAAUAAAGCAAGAAACAAUUGAUGAUGAAUAUGAAAUUAUUGAACAAGAACCAGAAACCUCAGACAAAACACAUGAAAUUAUUUAUGAGUGUGCAACAUGCAAUAAAACACUAGCAUCAAAAAAAUCAUUAAGACAACAUGAAAUGAUCCAUACUGGAGAGCGCCGCCAUAAAUGUGAAAUAUGCAAUAAAGCAUUCUUGACGAAACAAAAAUUAAGGCAUCAUGAAGCGAUCCACACUGAAGAGCGCCCACAUGAAUGUACAAUAUGCAAUAAAACAUUCAAACUAAAACGAUCAUUAAAGGAACAUGAAAAGAUCCAUACUGGAGAGCGCCUUUAUGAAUGUGAAAUGUGCAAUAAAGCAUUUAGAACAAAACAAAAAUUAAACUUACAUAAAGUGAUCCACACUGGAGAGAGACCUUAUGAAUGCGAAAUUUGUAAUAAAACUUUUCCAUUGAAACAAUCAUUAAGUCAACACAAAUUGAUCCAUAAUGAAGAGCGCCGCUACAGUUGUGAAAUAUGUAAUAAAACAUUUGCAUUAAAGCAAUCAUUUAAAGUACAUGUUUUGACUCAUAGUGGAGAACGACUUCAUGAAUGUCAAAUAUGCAAUAAAAAGUUUACUCACAUAAACAAUUUGAGAACACAUUUAGUUGUGCAUACCACUGAACGUUCCUACUAUAAAUGUGAAACGUGCAAUAACACAUUCACAACAAAACAAACAUUAAAACGACAUGAACUUACCCAUGCUGGAGUGAAACCCUACAAAUGUGAAAUAUGCAAUAAAGAGUUUACUCAAUUGGGCAAUUUCAAAGUUCAUUUAACUGUGCACACGGGAGAGCGGUCCUAUAAAUGUGAAAUGUGCAAUAACACAUUUACAACAAAAAAAACAUUGCAGCAACAUGAAGAGACCCACGCUGGAGUUAAGGCCUACAAAUGUUUAAUAUGCGAUAAAGCAUACACAUCAAAACGGGCAUUAAAACUGCAUGAAUUGAUACACAGUGGAAAAUUGCCUCAUAAAUGUGAAACAUGCAAUAAAACAUUCACCACAAAAAAUAUUUUAAACCAACAUGAACUGCUCCACACUGGAGAGCGACCUUAUGAAUGUCAAAUAUGCAAUAAAGCAUUUGCAACAAAACAGUCAUUAAAUCGACAUAAAUUGAUCCACCCUGGGGAACAAAAUAUUGAAGAAAUGGAUUAUGUAAGCAUAGUUGAGGCGGCAAUAUCUCAUAGCAAAACAAGCGCUACUACAUAUUUUAAUUAAGAAUUUUUAUACAAA